AUGUCGAAAGAUAAUAAAGAUGAGCAACCCAACAAAAUCUAUUCCCCAUAUGUUGAUGAUAAUUCAUCGUACUGGGAAAGAUGCAAGAAGACGAUACUUAGAAGAGUUAUUUUACGAACACUUGCCAUUACGGCUUUUUCGGCGUUAAUUGUCGCACUUUGGGAUCGUAUAGGUAUCAAGCUUGGAAUUAAAUCAGAUUUCGUUACCGUCAUUACUUUUGUUGUCUCUCUUUUACUUGCUUAUAGAACCAAUAGAGCCUAUGAUAGGUAUUGGGAAGGAAGAUGCCUAUGGGCAACUAUGAUAACAACGAUCAGAGAUUUUGCACGAUUCGUUCUUGUAAAUGUUCCACCUAAGGUGAAAAUGGACGCUGAAAAGAAUGUCGUCUUUGAUCUUUUGAAAGGAUUCGCAUUUGCCACUAAAGAUUACCUUCGAGAAAUACAUAAUGAAACACCCGGUUAUUAUUCGACUCAUUUGGAUGUGAAAAAAAUAUUCGACAGAAAGCUAGAGAAAUCAGAGAAUAAACCCAAUCCUGAUGGGAAAAACAUAUUCAACAGAGAACUAAGACACCUUAUUCCCAAUGUACAUAGUAAAAAAGAAUUAGAGGGCAGAAAUUUGAUCUAUCUCCAAGAGAUAAUUGAAUAUAAUUUGCCACUUGAGUUUGCAUUGUACUUGAAUUACUACAUCAGUCAAUGUGAGAAAGUAGAUGUAGAUAAUAACGAUAAAGUAGAUAAAGUAGAAAGUACGGUAAUCAGUAAAAUGUACAAUGACGUAAGUACACUCGUGGAUUGCUUAACAAGCCUAGAGAAGGUUCUCAGGUCACCAAUCCAUUAUGCAUACGGUGUUCAUCUUUUGCAUACCACGUGGAUAUUUUGUUUGUCACUUCCAUUCCAAUUAGUUGAAGAUCUUGGAUGGGUCACUGUACCUAUAGUAUUUUUGACCUCAUUCAUCUUACUAGGAGUCGAUAAGAUUGCAGAUGAGAUCGAAAAUCCAUUUGGUAAAGAUCCGAAUGAUAUAGAAAUAGAUAUCUUCUGCGCACAUACUGAAAAAGAAUUAAAAUUUAUUAAGGACCACGGUAUUGAGGAAGAUGAUAAAAAUAUGAAACAUUGGUGGAAUGAGGCAAUAAAAAAUGCAGAAAAAAAACAUGCGGUAGAAAAUCCAGCAAAAAAAAAUGCAUCAAAACAAGAGACUGAUGAAAUAAAGAUAUAUGGCAAAAAAUCAAAUGAUGAAAAAGUGGUUAAUCAAUACGGAGACGACUCUUCAGUGUGA